UGAGCCCACAUAAAAGUAAUGUAAAUAGUUACAGCACCAGCCAGUUGUCAUCCUUUACUACAGACAGCAUUCUCAGUUAAUUUUGCUUUUUGGCACCCAAAAGCAAUGGAUUUCCAGAACCGCAUGACCGAAGAAGGCAUAUAGUUAAUGUAUCUAGCGAUUUAACCACCUGGUAAAAGCUUACGUAUUUGUCUUGGUUUAGGUAGCUACCUUGCUAAGGGAUCUACCUUAGCUGUUUUAGAUAGUUGCUCUUCUUGUAGCGGCUGUGUGAUGUGUUCUCGGUGCUGUGCCGUGGAGCGAGCUGGCCUAGACAGGCGUGUCCAUUUCUAAUGCGCACCACACGGAUGAGUUGGGGGGUGUGUGGUACCCAGAAGAGGAGACUGGUGCUGGGUAUUGUCAUCCUGCUGUUUGUCGACAUAAUCUGGGUUGCUUCCUCUGAGCUUACUGCAUAUGUCUUUGUGCAGCAGCAGUACAGUAAGCCCUUCUUCAGCACAUUUGUGAAGACCUCCAUGUUCAUGUUGUAUCUGUUUGGCUUCCUGUUUUGGAAACCAUGGAGAAAGCAGUGUUCGGCCAAUCACCACCAGCAGCACAGCAUCCUCACUUCUAAUUUUGAUUCAAAUGUGACUGCCAGCAAUGCUGAAAGCAGCUUUAAUAUCUCCCUUAGUGAGCCUUUGUAUGUACCGGUGAAGUUUCAGGAUGUUCCUGAGAGCAGUGCUGCUAGAGAAUCUAAGACUCCUGUGAGAAAGCACCGUGUCAGGUUCAGUAAUGUAAUGGAGGUUCGUGAGCUACCUCACUCCCAGGCUCUAGAGGCCAAAUUGUCUCGCAUGUCUCCAGCUACCACCUCACUCAGGAUCAUGGGAAAGCUUGGUGUCAGCUCGGUGGCCAAAAUCAGCUUCUUCUUUUGCUUUGUGUGGUUCCUGGCUAAUCUAGCCUACCAGGAGGCUCUGACAGACACACAGGUGGCCAUCGUAAACAUACUGUCCUCCACCUCAGGUCUCUUCACUUUGAUCUUGGCUGCCAUCUUUCCCAGUAACAGCAGUGAUCGCUUCACACUUUCCAAACUGCUUGCUGUUAUACUCAGUAUCGUGGGAGUAGCAGUGGUCAGUAUCUCUGGGAUGGACAGCCCUGGUGGAAAAGGCACUAUUGGCUCUCUGUGGUCCCUGCUGGGGGCUUUACUCUAUGCCGUCUACAUCGUUAUGCUGAAGAGGAAAGUCGAUCGAGAGGAGAGGCUUGAUAUCCCCAUGUUCUUCGGCUUUGUGGGAUUGUUUAACCUGCUGUUGCUGUGGCCUGGCUUCGUGUUGCUGCACUACUCUGGGCUGGAGGCGUUUGAGAUGCCCAGCUGGCUGGUGAUCAGCUACAUUGUCAUCAAUGGCCUCAUCGGAACUGUGCUGUCUGAGUUUCUCUGGCUGUGGCCAGUUUCUCCUGGUUGUUUUUUGCGGGAGCGGUUCCUGUCUUCCUCUCCUUCUUCCUGGCGGCCCUCCUGUGCCACUACAAUAACUGGGACCCCGCCAUGGUGGCCCUGCGCAGAGUCUUCUCCUUCUUCUGCCGCAAGCACAGGACUCACAGACUCACCGAGGACAGCGAGCAGUGUGAAAGUCUUAUCUCCAUGCAGAGCUCCGCCCCUGACAAAAAAGGCUUUUGUUCCUGACCAACAUGUCAAGAGGAAAAAGCAGCGACACACAAAGCGAAAGCAACCCAUCACUGCCAACAGCCACUGGGUCCAGAGCAAUCGCCUCACUUCCUCGUCCUCUCCUUCACGUACGCCGACCAUCCUGUGCCGCCCUUCCCGACCGCCGAGCGAACCUGCACAUCUCUCAGGGCAAGAAAACGGGGCCUAGCAACCAGCAUCCUCCAGCGGCGCCCUCCCAGAGUGACAGAGUGACAGUCCAGUCCACCUCUAGCACACCGAGUGUGCCUUUAAAAGGGGGCGUUAAGGUGUGCCAGUGUGAGGGGGCUAGCAUCGGGAGCGUUUGAACAGACAUGCCAUCUGUGCACUUCAGUCUGUCACUACAAGACUGAAAGACAGUACCGACUGUCAGUUCAUUAUUAAGAUCCUUGGGGCUGUACGGAGAUUAGAGGUCAGGGUGUGCUUUUGUUAAGCAGAUUGUUGACAGAUACACGUAUGUAUUUUUUAUUUUUUUUUCUUCAUCUUCAAAUCACCAUUUCUGCAAUCCAUUGCAAAUAGCCUGUAAUCCUUAUAAUCAUUCUAUUGUAACUGGGUGUAGAUCUCAGAACGUUGAUAAAGCCUGUGUGAUGCACCCUGGGAUGACGACACAUGUUUAUGAUUCAAGUGAUUGUUAAAGGAAAUCAAAGUGUUAUUUAACCAAAACACGAGAAAAAUGUGAAACUAAUAGUUGUCCAGUGAAACAAGCAUGUCACAGUAAGCUGCGCUGUGUAUUAAGUGUGCUGAGCUGUGUUAGCAAAAACUGUGCAAAUCCCUGUAAACACUACUCGUUCUUUGCAGUGUCCUCGUGUGUCCCCUCAUCACCUCUUUUUUUUUUUCUUCUCCAGCACGUAAAUCCUGUUCUGUUCAUCAUUUUCUGUCUUUGGAUAGUUUCUGGGAAAAUGGUGAACCCUUCACAGAUACUUUGAUUUGUGUAUGGAUUGCACAUAAAUCAGGUUGGUGGGGCCAUCAUGAUUCCUAAGCAUAAUGAGUCACAAAACUGAGAGAAAGUCAGUUUUUAAGAAACAAUGUGCCUAAUAAAAGCACUUUAAUUUGCAGUUUCAA